CGUCGGUCCUCGGUCGCGCCGGCGUCCGCCGCCCUCCCCCUCUCGGCCCAGAGCGGAGGCCCCCACCACGCGACGGCACGCCGCCCCUCCGGCCGGCUGAGAGGCACGCCUGCGCGCUCCGGUCACCAGAUCGGUAAUCUCCACCGAUGGCGUCGCCGGGGCCGUCCUCCGCUCCGGCCAUCCGAUCCACGCGUCGACUGGCGCCCGCCGCCCCCAACGCCGCCGGCGUGCUGCCCCCGGACCUGCUGUUCGACGUCCUGCUGCGGCUCCCGGCGAAGGAGCUCUGCCGCCUCCGCGCCGUCUGCCGCUCCUGGCGCUCCCUCACCUCCGACCCGCUCUUCGCCGGCGCGCACGCGGCGCGGCAUCCGGGCCCGCUCCUCCUGGCCAAGUUCCGGGACGACGAGGCGCGCGUCCACAUCGUCGAUCUGUCCGGCAGCGUGGUCAAGCGGAUCGCCGGCCCGGACGGCCACGAGCUGCUCUGCACGCGCCUGCACCUGGCCUGCGUGGCCUCGAAAGGUAACAGCUGCCACGUGCUCGAUCCGGCGACGGGAGCGGCUUAUGCGCUGCCUGAGAGCCCGGCGCCGGAGCAUGUGAACCAUGAGAACUCGCGCGACCCGUACACCUUCUUCGCGUCCGGGCGAGUCGCGUCGACAGGGGAGUGCAAGGUGCUCCGGGUGUUCAACCGCACAGAAUUCGAUGCCUUUGAUCAGCAGCAGCUUUUCGAGGUCUUCACCAUCAACGGCGGUGUCAGCAAUGCACAGUGGAGGGCGAGGCAGAGCCACUAUCUCUUUGUCGAGGCGAACAAUGCUGCUGUUGUUGGUGGGGUGGUGUACUUCUUGACGGACUGUGCCUACGAUCUUAUGCUGUUUUUCGGUGUGAACACUGGCAUUCAUCCGGACUGUAUUGCUUCGUUCGACCUUGGGACAGAGGAAUGGAGGAGAGAUAUCCAGGGGCCAAUAAGCAGCGGCCUUUCAAUGGAUGGCGCCAAUGCUACAGAGGAGUACCGUUCGAUUUGGCAUAAACUUACUUUAUCUGAGCUCAAAGGCUCUCUAGUUCUAGCGUACCACCGUCGCCACCAGUCCUUGGAUCUCUGGCUUCUGACAGACUUUGAGAGAGGUCUCUGGGUGAAAGAGUACAGCAUACAGACUGAAUCGGCUAUCCCUGCCGAUGAGUACUUUGUAAAACCGUUGCUGGUAUCAGAUGAUGGGAGGUUGGUCAUCUUUCUAGCAUCAACAGGACUGCUUCUUAUUUAUGAUCCAAGAACCAACAGUUUUUCAGAGGUUGAGAUGAGACGUCUUGAUGCAGUUGGUUUGUACACGGGAAAUCUGUUGAGUUUACAAGGUGGUGACAUUGUGUAGUAUUGUAAUUUCUCGCUAGUUGCUACCCACUUUAGCUUGUGAACAAUACACUUGUAGGAAUAAAUUAUUACCCCCGCUUCACUUUUUAAAGUGAGCUUUGUAUAUAGUGGUUAAUGUUGUCCUGUCUUGUCUAGUAUAUCGUAUUGCAUCCAGUCCUGCAAUGUUGUUGUAAAUUCAUGGAGGUGCUUACUGUUUC